UCAUACAACAAACAUACAUAAAUUGUAGUAAAAACUAAAGAAACCAAUCUACAAUGAAGCAAGUAAUUGUGUUAGCUUUCCUUGUUGUUUGCAUUGGAGGGUUAUAUAAAGUGAAUGGUUCUGGUGAGUGUGGGAGAGUAUCCCCUGAUAAAGAGGCAUUCAAACUCAUGCCCUGUGCUAUGGCUGCACAGGAUGAGAAUGCCCCAGUUUCAGACAGAUGUUGUGCUGUAAUCAAGCAGUUGGGUCAGAACCCAAGCUGCCUUUGUGCUGUUAUGAUGUCUAACACUGCUAGAAGUGCUGGGGCCAAGCCUCAGGUUUCUAUCACCAUCCCUAAAAGAUGCAACCUUGCUGAUCGUCCUGUUGGUUACAAGUGUGGUGCUUACACCUUACCUUGAUGAGUUGAAGUAGUAGAUCGCAUCUUGUUUUAUGUAUUGAACUCUUAGAGAAUAAGUGGAAAUGGAGUUAUAAGCUUGGUUUUGUGCUUAUUAAUUAGCUUUUGUGUUAUGAUAAUGUAAAACUAUAAAUCUUGGAUUAUUAUUAAUAAAAUGCUUUGUUACCGUUGGGUGUGUUUGAUAAGCAAUUCAUAUUCAAUUUGG